CGCCCUUAUUUCCUCCGGACAUUAUAUAGCGAUGCACAACGUUACAUGACCUGAGAAUACCGACUUGGAUGAGAUGAGAGGAUCUCACCAUGUCAAGAACUGGACACCGUCUUAUCUGUAGUUUGACACGCUAUCGGACGUGUCAAGGGAUUUUUCUGAAUGGAGGUCAUACAGUGCCAAUGCACCCCAUCUCAGCGCGCAGCCUGUUCGUUUCACAACAGCAGUGCGCGCAGUCGAAGAGUCCGUCCGACGAUGAUGACGAGCCGGCACCCCAGCCCAUCAAAUUCUCCACUAGUAAAGCCAGUCACCGGAGCUGGAGCGUGGACCGCUCGCUCGGCAGUUCUUACGAACGACCGUGGUGGAAGGUUCUACCGAUCAGUGUGAUUGGGAUUGGAUUCCUACUGUGGUGCCUCUUCAGGAAGGAAUCAGAGAUUGACAAGAUGCUGGAAGCACAGCUUCACGAACAUUUCCCCGAUUUGUCAUCCGAUGAGGACAAAUCGGUUAAACCUAAAUAAUGAAUGUCGUACAGCUUUAAUUUUUAUUGAUGAAAUAUUUAUUGUUUUUCUUGAAGAGCCAGCGGUUGUAUUACCAAUUCGUAGAACUGUGUCUGCAGAAAUAUGUUUAAUAUGGCCGUCCUCAUA